AUGAAUAAAAGACAACAAUUCUUAACUUCUUUAAUUAGUGAAAUAAAUAAAUCAAAGCCAAAAAAACAAGCAAUUAUUAACAGACUAUCGGAAUUAGAAACUGAAACUAAAAAAGACUAUAAUCAUAUAAGUUAUCAAAAUGGAGGAUACAAAUUUAUUUAUUGUCACAAUUGUCUUCCUUUCACUGCUUAUAAAGUGGGCGAUUACAUAGAAAUUGACUUAGAAAUAAUGGCUAACAACAAAUUUAAGCAUGUCUUUAAUGAAAAUAAAAAUGUGAUCCAAGGAAUUUCAUGUGAAGCUAACCAACCCCCUCACAAUUUACCAACACUUUUUGUGGAAGAAAAUUUUUCGCAAGCAUUAACCAUAGGAUGA